AUGGAUAACGCCUCCUCAUCCUACAAACUCCAACAGAGGUACGAUGUGCUCAUCAACUUCACUGGAAAAGACAUCCGCAAAAAAUUUGUUUCUCAUCUCAAUUGUGCCCUCUCUACUGUUUUGAAGUUUCUAAAAGUGCUUAACCCCAGUCACUCCAAGUAUUUAACAACAACCCCUGACUUUACCGGACUACCAAGUCUUGAACAACUCAUUCUGAAAUGUUGUCCAAGAUUGCACAAAACAGACCAAUCUAUUGGAUUCGAUGUGGGACUUCCAACAUUUUUACUGCUAAAUUUGAAGAAUUGUACAAGUCUAAGCAAUCUCCCGAAAGAGAUAUAUGAGUUGAAAUCUUUAAAAACUCUCGUUCUGUCUGGUUGUUCAAAGAUUGACCUAAUGGAAAACGAUAUAGUGCAGAUGGAAUCCUUGAUAACUCUAAUUGCUGAAAAAACAACUGUGAAACAAGUGUCUUUUUCAAUUGUAAGCUCAAAACACAUUGGAUAUAUAAACCUACAUCGAUUUGAGGGAUUGUCACGUAAUUUUUUUCCUUCUAUCAUUCGGUCUUGGAUGUGGCCAACAAUGAAUCUCAUAUUUUAUAUUCAUUCGUUUUGCAUGAAUAUGGAGGAUAAUAGUUGGGAUGAUAUUGCGCCAUUUCUUAGCACCCUUAGAAGUCUUCGAAAACCAUCAGGAAUUUCUAAGCAUCACUUCAGGAUUUCUUUAAUUGAUGUCGGAAGAUACCAUGAAUUCCUCAAUACUGACAACUAUAAGAUAUAUAAGGAGUCUUGUGAUGUUCUCUCCCAGCUAACAAUGGUCCUUAUUGGUUAUGCCAUAUGGGUGAGGGACAUUCUGUUUCUUUCACUGUGCGUCAAGAUAGUGACAUUAAGGGAAUGA